AUGGUUGCUCCUCCAUCAGAACUCCAGCUUGUGCCGCAAGUGGAUGCUCGGCGAGACACCGAGCUGCCGCCAGUCGUGCCGCCGUCGCCGACGCUGGCGCUCAUCCUUCCGCCGCGCGACGACCUGCUUGUUGCCGUGGCGGCCGCAGGCACCCUAAGCGUCUACUGCACACGGACUGCGGCGCUUGUGAGCUCGCUGGAACUGGCACCGCCAUCGUUGCGGGCUGAUCCGGCCGCAGGCCUGCGGCCGACCGCUGCGAUUGCUGGCGUCGCGCACUGCACCUUUGAGCCAUCGGGCGUGACCGUGCUCGCCAUUGCGGUCCGCGGCGAGCUUGUGCUCGCGGUGCUCGACGAUCCAGCCGGUGACAUUCUCCUCUUCCCAGCGAUCCCGCUCCCGGCGCCGUUUUCAUCGCAGGUGCCGUUGGCUGGCACCUGCAUGGCAAUGGCGCCACGUGAGUCCUCAGCGCUGUGGAUCGGACUGCUCGGCGGCGGCGCGCUGGUCGAGGUCAUUGUUCCGCUCCCGCUGCCCGACCGGGCCUCGAUGCCUGAUGCGCUGAAAAGAGUGCAAGUAGGGCGGCGGAUCGCGCCAGAGGUGGCCAGUGUGCCCGGUGCCACUCUUGGCUUUGCACCCAGCGCCGGUCCGUUUGUGGCGUCGUCCGACGGCCGUGUGGUUGACGCUCACGGGCGCGAGCUCGAGCUCGAUCUCGAGCUGGCAGGUUACAGCCGCGACCAGGUCCGCUCCGCAGUAGUGGUAGCUGGCGCGUACAGCGUUCUCGCACUCACACUUGACGACAAUCGGCUGGUUGUUGCGAGUGCUGCGUCUUGUGAGGCGCUGCACGACGUUGUUGUGAGCCUUGACGCCGGCGCGGUCGUGGAGACUGUGUCGGCAUGUGGGCCAGAGUGGCUGGUUGUUCAGACAUCGACUGGCGCCAUGCACGCGUAUUGCGCAGAGAGCCGAGCGUGGACAGGCAUUCCGCUGUCGUGGCCGGCCGAAGGCGCACAGCUCGGUGCAGCCGAUGGUGUUGGCGUUGUCCUCUUUGGCAGCGGCGAGGUUGUGCAGGCGUGGGCGCGUCGCGGCGGGCGGCUGCAGUAUGUGCGCGGUGAUAUGCGCGGGACAGUGGCGCCGAGCCUGGUGGCGGGCGGGGGUCGUGGCCUGAGCAAGACCGUCGAGGCUGCGGCUGCCGCCUUUCUCUCUCCACAGUAUUUGGUGACCGGCGACGGCUCAGGCUACAUCCGCCUCCUGGCACUUGACGGGCCACAGGCGCAGUGUGUGGCGACAGCGCGCCUGGCGUCUGGAUACGGUGUCGUUGCGCUCGCCGCUAGCGCGCGCACCAGUGUCCACGCCGCCACCUUUGUCACCCUUGACGCCGCGCACACGCUGAGUGUGUGGUCGGCAUCUGAGGUCCCUGCGCUCGCGCAGCGGGCGACAGUGCGGCUGGGUGAGCCCGGGGCGGCAGCUGAUGCGGCGGCGUGGGCAGCAGUGCCAACGCAGAUCACACCCCUCGCCCCAGCGCCGUUUCUCGCUAUGGUGCCGAUGGCGGCCGGCAAUGUCCGUGCCGCGCUUGCGCCGCUCGGAGCACGCGAGCACAUUCUUGUCUCGCGUGACGCCAGCUGCCUCAUCCACUACGGCGUGAGUGGGAUUGGCGGCGAUGCUGAGCUUGUCCGACUCGCCAGCUACGAGACCAACGAGGUGUGGGCUGGUUGGCAGGUAGUGACCGGCACUGCUCUGGCUGCUGCGAUUGAGCUGGCAGUCGGUGGCACGCUCACGCUUACGCUGGUGGAUCUGAGCCAACUUGCUGUUGUCCGGCGUGUCGAGCUUGCGCUUCUUCCUCGCUCGUUCUCGACCGGCCUGCAUACCUUUCGAUGGGCGCUACAUCCGCUUUCGCUCGGCAUUCUGGUCCUCGUGCGCAACGGUGAACCGUGGGUCCUGGACAGCACCGGCGUCUCGCCGUUCCCCACCGCUGCGUCGGGGCACAUUGUUGAUGUCCGCUACGUUCGCAAGGUCUCGGGCGGGCUCGCAGUAGUCGCCGUAGACGCCGAUGGUGUGCUCUGGAUCCAUGCACCUGGUACCAGCGGUCCAUGUCCAGCAUGGGCGUCGACCGAUCAGGCGCUGGCACUCAUGGCGGCGGCGUUUGAGCCGGUCGGCGGGCACUGGGGCGGGGAUCUAGGGGCAGACGCAGCCGGGUCGGGGCCGACGGUCGCAGCGGUCAUGGCGGGCACACUGGCGGAAUGGGGCCUGGGUUCGGUCCGCCGUUCCACUUUGGAAGCCAUCCUGGCUUGUAUCCAGGAGGCUGGGGCCAUGCCGGAGGCUUGAG